UUUUGUAUGUAAAAUUAAAUGUAUUAAAUUUCUGGUAUAUUGCCAUAAAAAAUUUAUCUGCGAUGGUUCACAUUCUCACCAAAAAUAAAAGAUCCUGGCAUCUUUUUAUCCACAAAUCUUCCAUCAAAAAUAAUUAAUUAAAAUAUUCAAUAAAAAUGUUUACUUGAUGGAAAAAAUGAUAAAUUAAUUGAAAAAUUGACAGAUGGGAAUUCCUUCGUUUUUUCGGUGGUUAGCGGAGCGCUAUCCUUUAAUUUGUGAAUCGCAGGACAUCUCAACUGCCGAUAAAGCCGACGCCUUCACACUCCUAAACACCUCAAACCACUCCAAACACAAACAUCUCAACCCAAAAUUUGAUAAUUCCAAUGAUAAAUUUGGUAAUUCCAAUGAUAAAUUUGGUAAUUCCAAUGAUAAAUUUGCUAAUUCCGCUGAUAAAUUUGCUAAUUCCGCUGAUAAAUUCGACAAUUUGGAGGAAAAAUUCGACAAUUUUGGAGUGGAUUUGGCACCGGACGGUUUUGACAAUUUGUAUUUGGAUGUGAAUGGGAUAGUGCACAACUGUUCGCACAGUGUCGUGGAUUUAUGUCAGAACAUAACGUGCGAGGACGACAUCUUCGUGUCGAUUUUUCAGUGCAUAAUAAAAAUCGUCAACAUCGUCCGGCCACGGAAGCUCUUAUACCUCGCCGUCGACGGCGUUGCACCCAGAGCCAAAAUCAUACAACAAAGAGAACGACGCUUCAGAGCCGCUCUCGAAUCCACACAACAACUCAUCAUCUCCCAAUCCCUCAAAUCCACUAAUACACAUCUUGAACCAAGUUUACACAAUUUACAGUGUGAACCAGAUGAGAGUGUACAGUGUGAACCCGAUGAGAGUGUACGGGAUAAGGAAGAGUUCAAAUUUGACCCUAUCCAGAUAACGCCGGGAACGGCGUUUAUGGAGCGAUUGACGGUGCGGUUACAGUUUUUUGCGUUAAAGAUGAUUAACGAGAAUGAGCAGUGGCGGAACCUGAAGAUCGUCGUCAGCGGCUCAGACGUUCCCGGCGAAGGAGAACAUAAAAUCAUGGAAUACAUCCGAAACAACAAAGCACACAGACACUCACAAUUUCAUCACCCUAGAACUCAGUUAGACAAUAGAAAUAAUACAACUCAGUUAGACAGUGUGAGUGGUGAGAGAAAUUGUGUAUCGCAUUGUGUGUAUGGGUUGGAUGCGGACUUGAUAGUGUUAUCGUUGGCGACGCAUGAGCCUUACAUAUGUUUGUUGAGGGAGCAGGUGGUCUUCGGUCACAUGAAAAACUCCUCUAAACUCCGUAUGAUGGUAAAUAUGAACAGUUACAUAUUAUUACACGUGGGGAUUCUGAGGGAGUAUUUAGUCACUGACCUCGUAGAAGACCCGAGACUACGCUCGGAUCCCUCGGUUAUUGACAGAGUUGUGGACGAUUUCGUAUUUCUGACAAUGUUCGUAGGGAAUGAUUUCCUACCACACCUGCUCAUGGCGUCCAUACCAGACGGUGGUUUCAACCACACUCUACAAAUUUACCGCGAAUAUCUCUCCGAAUCUCUACGUAAACACAAUUUACACAGUAAACACAAUUUACACAAUUCACACAGUGAGAAGAGAGAUGUAUGGUUGACAUCGGGUUGUGGUGAGGUGAAUUAUGACAAUUUGGUGUUGUUUAUGACGCGGUGGGCGAGGUACGAGAACAGAACAUUACAAAAUAACCUAACCGCAGAACUAGACAAAACCACUUUUAACCCUCAGAAUAAUACUUCCAAGGUGGUAAAUUUUAACAGUAACAGGGUGUCAAAUUUUAACAGUAACAGGGUGUCAAAUCACUCUGAUUCAGCAAAGUCCAAGUGUUCGAUCACGGUGAUUGACGUGAGAAACAGUAGGAUAGAGACGGAUUUAUCGGAUUUUAGUAGUAAGUACCCGGGUGAGCCGAGGACUCUGGCGGAGUACAGGAACCGCUACUACCUGGCUAAGCUGGGCAUCUCCAACCAACUCGUCAAGUGCCAACGCUCUACUAACUCUACUAACUCUGUAAAUUCCGUAAUCUCUCUUAACAGUGUAAUCUCUCUUAACAGUGUAAACUCUCUUAACAGUGUAAACACUGUAAACACAGUGGAAGAUGUGGUAAGGGAAUAUUUACACGGGAUUCAGUGGAUUCUGUACUAUUACUACCGGGGAGUGCCCUCCUGGAACUGGUUCCUACCCUGCAAAUACCCACCAUUCGUCAACGACAUCCUCACUUUCCUCAAAACACAUUCCAACACUUUGACUAAUUCUAACACUUUAACCAAUUCUGACACUUUUACACAAUUCUCCAACACUUUAACCAAUUCUAACACUUUUACACACAAUUCUACAUUACCAAACUGUAACACUUCCUCAACUAACACUAAUUUAACAAAUUCUAACACUAAAUUGCCAAAUUCUACACUAUCAAAAGGUGUAACAAUGUCUGAGGUGUUGAGAAUUACGUUUGUGAGGGGAAGGCCGAUAACGCCGUAUGAGCAGUUAAUGCUUGUGUUACCGCCGCAGUCUGCGCAUUUCCUGCCAAGUGUCUUCAGUAAGUUAAUCACGGACCAGGACUCACCCCUGCACCAGUAUUAUCCGCUACACUUUGACGUGGACAUGGAUAACACUAACGUGCCCUGGGGCGGCAUCACACUCAUACCACACGUUCCAUACCCACUUCUACUACAACACAUGAAUCACGCUCUAGACCCAGACCAUCCAAACACAACCAAUCACAUUGGCAAUGCUAUUGAUAGUAUGGAUGUGGACAAAUCUGUUGGUGACAACACGGUUGGAUUAAAGAGUUUGAACAAAAUGAGUGAGGAGUUGAAUUAUUUGUGUAGUCGGAUGUUAACGGAGGAGGAGAAGGACAGGAAUAAGUUUGGUUUGGCUAGGAUUUACUCCUACGACUCCAAAGUGUCCAAGCAUUUGGAGUCGCCUUUUAAAAUCUUUGCUGAUAUUAAGGAGUGCAAAGUCCUGUGUAAUCCUUUUUUCAACCCCUCACUCAAGUCAAAUCCCUCACUCAAGUCAAAGCCCUCACUCAAGUCAAAGCCCUCACUCAAGUCAAAGCCCUCACUCAAGUCAAAGCCCUCACUCAAGUCAAAGCAUUUUCCAAAUUCUUUACUAUUAAAUCACUCCGUUACGCAAAUUCGGCACAAUUUCCUAUUCCCAAGUUUGAAUAUCUUACCGCACAGAGCCCUGUCAAAGCGCGGCGUGGACGUCUUUAACACAAAGUCCAGACACCCCAGUGUCUAUCUUAACAUUUUCCAAAAUCUUAAUCUCACAAACUUCACAAAGUGUAUCACAAAUGUUACAAAGUGUGGCACAAACUUGACAAAGUGUGGCACAAAUGUUACAAAGUGUGGCACAAAUGUUACAAAGUGUGGCACAAAUGUUACAAAGUGUGGCACCUAUGUUGCCGUGGGAUAUCCUUAUAAACACUUGGGGAAGCUAAAGUCAAUACACACGCCAUACCUAACGUACAGUGACGGGAAAUUAACCACCAGUAAACCCUCAGAACUCAAGGAAAUCAUUGGAAAGAUCGAUGCCACCUUGGACAAAUUGGGACUAAUCGUCGGAUACAAAACGGGCACAGUAAACUCCAACCCGAGAAUUUUAGAUCAGAAUAACCAAAUCCUCCAAAACUUGCUCAGGAGAUUACAGAAUAGUUUGAGAUUACAGAAUAGUUUGAGAUUACAGGGUGUUACGUCACAGGGUGUGGCAUCACAAGAUGAUGUGCGAUCACCCCCGUUGAGUGUGGUGAAUGCGGCAAGAGUCUUGGGUUUGGACCACUUGUGUGAGAAUGUGGUGGUAACUUACACGGUGCUGGAUAAGAAUUUACAGGAGACUAGGGUUACCAGGGAGGCAUUACUUCCGAUGGUUACGUUUCUGGAUCAUACAGCAGCAGUUUCCAAACACGUGACACCGUACGACGAUGUAAACAAAGUGCUAAAGAAGGAAAUGUUACACUUACAGCAGGAACUGAGAACACAAGAGUUACUAUAUGGAAAAUAUGAUAAACCGAAGAUUAAAGUGGUUUGCAUGAUGCAGGGGUCAAUGUACGGCCGGGUAGGAGUCCUGGAGUCUGUAGGGAAAACUUUCGACUCUGUCACUGCAGUUUUUACACUACCAAAUGUAAAGUUAACCAUCGGGGACACUUCGUUGUUGGAUUUUAAGAACUUUAUCAAUUUGAACCAGAAGUUGUCUGCCCAGACCACGUGGUACUCUUUUGAAAAUGCGUGCCAAAUGACGAAUUUGGAACCACAAGUCGCCCGCCUAAUGUUCCAGAAAUGUCUAGUCGGCGAGUUUAAAUCUGAUGUUAGCAUGUUUAAAACUGAUGUUGGUAUGAAUUUGGUGUAUUUUGAUACGGAUUUGCAGGUGCCUUUUUGCCUUCCAGGGUACACACAACUGCUUCAAGGGUACACACAACUUCUUCCAGGGUACACACAACUCCCUCCAGGGCACACACAACUUCUUCCAGGGUACACACAACUCCCUCCAGGGUACACACAACUCCCUCCAGGGCACACACAGUUGAGUACAGGAUACGAUACUGAACUAGAUCCCACGGAAAUGGUACAAUACUCUGCCGAAUGUAUACAGUUGAUUCAACUGUAUAAGGAAAAGUUUCCUGAGUUAUUUGACUUUUUGGAAAACACUGAGCUGACGGAGAAGAAAUCCUUAGACCUCGCAGAGUUGUAUCCCAAUUUAACCCCUAACCAAUCCUCAUAUAUGCUAAAGCAGAUUAUGAAAUUUUGUGACUCGCAGCCGUUUAGACGUCUGAAACUCACGCAAGGCAAUUACAAAUGCAUGACGAGGAGUCAAAUUCAAUUACUAAUUGAACAUCAAAAUGAGUAUACAAAAAAUUUGGAACCCCCAAACGCGGUUAAAUUGGUACGAGUCAGUCAUUUGAAGAAUUUGCACGUUCCAGCCUACACCACCACACUCGUCAAUUUCGACCCCUCACUCAUAUUUUUGGGCCAGUCCGUAGUUUACAUUAACCAUAACGAACAAGUGCCCCUCGGAACCAAAGGCACAAUCGUCGGCAUAUACCCCAAUCAAACUCCACAAGAUACACAAAUUACACAACACACACAAGAUUUACAAGAUUCACAGAUUAUACAAGAUACACGAGAUACACAAGAUACGCAUGGUGAAUUGGAUAAUUUUGAUGAGUUGUUGUUGGAGUUGGUGUUGGAUCAUGAGAUAUUAUCUGCGACUGAUUUGUUUGGCAGGUGCGCUAAAAUGCGAGGCAUAUUUGUAAGACCCACAGACGUGCUCUGCCUCUACAAUAACACACAAAAUGUAAACGAAUACUCCUCACUCCUCUCACAACUCGAUCGCAACAACUCACAGUUCAUAUCAUACGCUUAAACUCUUACAAUUUA